ACGCGGUUCGCGUUGCCCUAUAAUAAUCGCCGGAAGAGCGUCUCCGUCUCCUCCGCGCAGCACGACUGAAGCAAGUGUACCUACCACCACUAGUAUACCAGAGCGAACGCUACCGAUCGACUUCGCCAUGGGCGCCACCGGGGCGACGCGCUCCUUGCCGCUGCUGCUCGUCGUCCUCCUCGCCGCUGCUGCGCUCGGCUCGGCCAAGGAGGCCAACGUGCGGCUUGUGCUCCCUUCGGCCUCGGCCUCGGCCUCGUCGUCUCACUCGCACCACCCGUGCCUUGACAACCCGCCGGACAUGACGGCCACGGGCGGCGAGGCGGGCGACGUCGUCCGCCACUUCCACGGCCUCGAGGCGUACGUCACCGGCUCCGGACACGACGCCUCCCGCGCCGUCAUCCUCGGCUCCGACUACUACGGGUUUCAAGCACCCAAACUGAGGAAAAUAGCAGAUCAAGUUGCAGAUCUUGGAUACUUCGUUGUGGUUCCUGAUCUGUUGCAUGGCGAUCCUUACAAGGAUGGGGUCUCAUUUGCAGAAUGGCUCAAAACACACUCCCCGGUCGAUGCAGCGGAAAAGGUUAAGCCACUCAUUGCUGCUCUGAAGACGAAAGGGAAGAUGGUUGGCGUAGCCGGUUAUUGCUGGGGUGCUAAGGUGGCCGUGGAAUUAGCAAAAACUGCUGAAAUCCAAGCGGUUGUCAUUUCACAUCCUGCGCUAGUGACCGUUGAUGACAUGAAGGAGAUCAAAUGCCCCAUCGAGGUUCUCGGAGGUGAAUAUGAUACCCUUUCUCCACCAAAGCUAGUACACCAGUUUGAGCGUGCCUUGGAGCAAAACAAAGGGAUUGACCACUUGGUGAAGAUCUUCCCGAGGGUACCCCAUGGUUUCGCUUGCAGAUACAAUUCCAGCGACCCUUUCGCCGUGGAAACCGCGAAAGAAGCCCGCGUGGACAUGAUCAGCUGGUUCAACAGGCAGCUGAAGCGCCGAGACUGAGUGCUUCAGCUGCAGGCUGCAGGGAUCUAGGAACACGUCUCAAGUUGCAUCAGCUGAAUAAGUAGCCUUGCCUCCCUGGCGUCACGUAUUAGGAAGUAGGAACAUUGGCUGAUCCUGAAUAAAUUGAUGUGGCACUGUUGUAAGCUCAAUGGGCACUUUUUGUUGUCCUAGACGAUACUAGAAGCUAAUUUGAGACGUGGAGUUA